GUAGUGUAGUCUCCCAAUUUGUUCUCGUGCCUAGACGGCGCUUCCAGCUUCUGGCCUGUUGUGAAUCUGGUUCUAAAACAAAGCUGGGCUGGGCUUCUCUGGCUUGGGCUCCGUGCGAAGUUUUAUCCACAGAAGAAAAUGUUCGUGGACAUUGAAGGGAGGUACAUUGCGCUGGAAACAGAGAGAAGCAGUGGUGGGACCUGGCAGGGCAAUGCCAGACACAGAAAGAGAGACGGAGCGGGGACGAAAGCAAGACGGAAAGGCAGAAACAUGUAACAGAGAGAACAGGAGAGAGCAGAAGCGCUAGUCGGAGGCAGAGAAAUUAGGGGCUCCAGGAUGUAACUGACCAAGAAGCAAGAGAAACAACGAGCGAGGUGACCGGGACUCGGGCUGCUUUUGCAACAACAGCAGCAGUCUUGUCGAGAACAGAAGGAAUUGCUGAUCGACGGGCAGAGUCUGAACAUUCGGUUACGAGAUGGUGCGGCGGACCAAAUGAUGACGGACGGCCCAAAGGUCGGAGGAGUAAGGGGCGGGCAACCACAGCCAGCAUUUGGGUGGACAGGCCCAGUGCAGUGCAUAUUAUAUUGACUGAUAUAUUCUGGCCUCAGAAACCAGCAAUCUAUGAGUUGCUGCAAAUGUUUAUGGGAAUCUAUGGGGCAAACGGACGCUCUGCUCAAGUUCCUGUUUCGCCAGUUCAAACGACGCUAGCAACGACAAGGCUGCCUACUGCUGCAAGUUUUAUGAACUCUACUGAAGAUCUACAUGCUUUUGCGUCUCCGUACUCGGCGCCACCAAUCCCAUGAGCCUCACUGCGCUCUUGCCGAUUCCAGACACUCCCACUGCCAGGUCCGGGGACAAUGGACGACGGCUCAGGAGACUCCGAUUGUUCAUGGACAGUCUAUCGGGCUGGAAUGCUGAGCAGGAUUCCGCAGUGGCAGGCAAGAGCUUCUGUACUCGUUUACGUAAGACUCGGAGUCAGCUGGCAGCAGCACGUAUGUCUAUGGUGUAAGCAGCGGUGAGAAUCAUUCGUCCGAGAUCUGAGUGAGAACACUCAGAAUGACGUGCUGUGAGUCAGAAGAGAAAGAUUAUAUGGCGAGUUAUCCAAUCAGACUCAGAAAUCCCAGGUUCAUAUAACCGGCUCUUAAAGUGCUUGUACAAAUCUGAGAGACUGUGAGUGAGCUUUGCAAAGCAACCAAAGUAGCAUCUUGGAACUGUUCCCACUCUCCUCAAUAAGUUGUUGCAAUUGAGGCGCUCGAGAGCAAUCGAAGCAAUGGCAAUGGACGAGAGAUCUCUCGGGUGCUCACUAAAUCGCGAGCGUAGUGGCAGAGAAGGGGAAAAGAAGCUCAGUCAUCACUUGAUGAUCAGACAGUCCGUCCAUCGCGCUGAUGGCAGCAGCGACAACAACGGCAAUUGCUGCAAGAGGCUCAUGGAGGAGAAGUGCGGAGUGGAGAUGGUCCGUUCAGCUGCUGAUGAGGUGAGCGGGCAGGCUGAGCUAACUGCUGUCAUCGAUGGGAAGCUCCAUGGAGCGACUGCCCACGUACAUCACGGAAGCUCUGGCCGAUUGCGUCUUCCUAAAGGUCUCUGACAUGAACCAGAAUCACGGCAGCCCCAGCGCCAGCCGCCAGGGCGGGUUCGGCGACUACCCCAAGGCGGAGGCAUCCUGGCUCGCGUUCCAGGCCCUCUAAACCUCAUGCGCGAUUUUGAUCGUCAAUCAUUUCACCGCGAAUCAGGCAUGUCUGCUCGCUUUCGGAUAGUGUAGUCGUUGAUCCAGGCCCUCAGCGACGGCGGGCCGCCCCAGCUUCGCAUCACGGCGAUGGCCGGAGCGGCGCCGGAUUUCGCCGGCAUGAUGGCCACCAGAAAGAGGCUGCUGGAAUUCGCCGACAUGUUCACGAUAAUCACGGACAUUAUGGAGGAUCUGCAGCCGUGAUGAAUUUCUGCCUGUCAAUUGUUUCCGGGAGCUACCUCCACCAGCUGAUCGAUCUCUGCUGAGGGCUCUGCACAGCUUCUUCCUUCGGUUGAACCACGUUCUCUCGUCGGUGGUGAUCGUCAUGGAGCAGGGCUUCCUUCCGCGCUUCGUCGAGGCUAAGCAUUACUUCUCCUCUACGGUCGAUUCCCUGCCUGCCUGCCUGCUAGCCAGCCUCUCGAGCUCGCUGGCCGAGCGGGAGAUCGUCGAAAGGCUUGUUCUCGGGAGGGAGAUUUGCAAGAGCGUCGGCAGCGAUGGCGACCAACGCGUCGAGAGGCAUCGGACGGUCGAUCGGUGGAUGCUGUACAUGGGGUUCCAGCUGUAACCCCCAAGCCAAGUUUAUGUCAGCAUGUAAGCCGUGUCGAACUUUUCCAUCGUCAAUGACGACGGCCACCUCCUCGUGGGUCGAUAAGACAAUCCACUCUUGUUGGUGCCGACUUUCACACAAUCUCGCCUGUCAGCGGCCCUUGCUCGGCGAUGUCAGACCUUCCGCAUUGGGAUCGUCACUCACAAUCUCCUCGAGCCCACGUCCCUGCGGCUGAAGUGGCCUCUGUGUCACAUGAGAAUGGCAGUCCUUGCCCAAUCGUUCGACUGCUAUAACAACUUCCGGCGACUUUCUGAGAAAUUUGGUCGACAGUACUUGUGACAUGCACGAACCAAUUGGUUUGGACGCGACUUGGCUCAAACCUACGCAAGCUCCAGCUUUUCAGGCUUCGCGGAUCUGUUUACUUUAUGUACACGAACUGUGUCUGAGUGAGAAUUCCAGCACAUAUGCAUGAACUGAUUGCCUUGUUGUUAAGAGCAUAAGUGGACCGAUAUUUUCCUGAGGAAUCAUGUGGUGGUGAUAGGGAGGCAUAGCGUAUUUGGCUGGUGAAAUGUGAAGAAUUAAUUGGAAGUUAGAUAUGAUUGAUCGAUGAGCAAAUGUUCGGUUCGAUUGGUCAGCACAAUGCUUCGCAGUUGGAUGAUGUUGAAAGGAAACGAAAACAGUCUAAAUCCAAUUGAUUUCAUGCUUUUUCAUGAGGAGGUGUGCACCAAACACGGUGAACUGUGUGUUUCGAGGUGAGAGCAUUGCCUUAACGUAGCCCACGGGUUCAGACCUAACCG